UCAGCACUGAGGAAAGGAUAACAUUGUAAUAUGCAGAAGUCUACAAAUUCUGAUACCUCUGUGGAAACACUGAAUCCCACCCGCCAAGGCACUGGAGCUGUGCAAAUGAGAAUCAAAAAUGCCAAUAGCCACCACAGCAGGCUGAGCCAAAGUAAAUCCAUGAUCCUCACCGAUGUUGGGAAGGUCACUGAACCUGUAUCCCGGCACAGAAGGAAUCAUUCACAGCAUGUCUUGAAAGAUGUCAUUCCUCCACUGGAACAACUGAUGGUUGAAAAAGAAGGUUAUCUUCAAAAAGCUAAAAUUGCAGAUGGAGGAAAGAAACUAAGGAAAAACUGGUCUACUUCCUGGAUUGUUCUUUCUAGUCGAAAAAUUGAAUUUUACAAAGAAUCCAAGCAGCAGGCUCUGUCUAAUAUGAAAACUGGGCACAAACCAGAAAGUGUGGAUUUGUGUGGGGCAUAUAUCGAAUGGGCCAAAGAAAAAUCAAGCAGAAAGAAUGUCUUUCAGAUCACAACAGUAUCAGGAACUGAGUUCCUUCUGCAGUCAGAUAUUGACUUCAUCAUAUUGGAUUGGUUCAACGCUAUCAAAAAUGCAAUUGACAGAUUGCCAAAGGAUCCAAGUAGUCCUUCAAGAAACCUGGAAUUAUUUAAAAUUCAGAGAUCCUCCAGUACUGAACUACUAAGUCACUAUGAUAGUGAUAUAAAAGAACAGAAACCAGAGAACAGGAAAUCUUUAAUGUUCAGACUGCAUCAUAGUGCUUCUGAUACAAGCGACAAAAACCGAGUUAAAAGCAGAUUAAAGAAGUUUAUUACCCGAAGACCUUCCCUGAAAACUCUGCAAGAAAAAGGACUUAUUAAAGAUCAAAUUUUUGGCUCUCAUCUGCACACAGUGUGUGAACGUGAAAAUUCCACAGUUCCGCGGUUUGUAAAGCAGUGCAUUGAAGCUGUCGAAAAAAGAGGUCUAGAUGUUGAUGGAAUAUAUCGAGUUAGUGGCAAUCUAGCAACAAUACAGAAGUUAAGAUUUAUUGUCAACCAAGAAGAGAAGCUGAAUUUGGACGACAGCCAGUGGGAGGACAUCCACGUUGUCACUGGAGCACUGAAGAUGUUUUUCCGGGAGCUGCCUGAGCCGCUCUUCCCUUACAGCUUCUUUGAGCGGUUUGUGGAGGCGAUCAAAAAGCAAGACAAUAACACAAGAAUUGAAACUAUAAAGUCUCUUGUACAAAAACUCCCUCCACCAAAUCGUGACACCAUGAAAGUCCUCUUUGGACACCUAACUAAGAUAGUGGCCGAGGCAUCCAAGAACCUCAUGUCCACGCAAAGCCUAGGGAUUGUAUUUGGACCCACCCUUCUGCGAGCUGAAAACGAGACAGGGAACAUGGCGGUGCACAUGGUGUACCAGAACCAGAUCGCCGAGCUCAUGCUGAGCGAGUACAGUAAGAUCUUUGGCUUGGAGGAAGACUGACAGACAAGACGGGUUACUGAGUAUGUUCACAUCUGUCUCGAGGCCUCAUAUUUUUACGUUUCUGUAAACAUAUUUCUGAAAUAUUUUUUUCCAUUCAAGAGACAGAUGCCUCAUUUUGUAAAAACUUAA